AUGACGGCAGGGCCUACAAGCACCAGUAGCAGGAGACUUGUACCGAUUCCACCGGAUGGCGGAUGGGGGUGGGUAGUGGUGGUCGGCUCGUUCUUUAUUCAUGUGUUUGCUGAUGGAUUCGUAUAUUCAUUUGGAGUACUCGUUGAUGUGCUCAUGAAGGAGUUCGAUUCGGACAACACUAUGGCAUCUUUUAUCAUAUCCCUCUUGACUGGACUCACACUUGGAUCAGGGCCACUGGCAUCUGCCAUUUGUAAUAGAUUCGGAUGUCGAAUAACCACAAUCACAGGGGCCUGCAUCGCAAUUAUAGGAUGUGCGGCAGCAUCGUUUGCAACGGCUAUGUGGCAUAUUGUUGUCUCGGUUGGAGUGGUCAUGGGAAUCGGUUUUGGGCUUAUGUAUUGCCCUGCUAUAGUGAUAGUAACAAUGUACUUUGAAAAGCGUCGAUCAUUAGCGACAGGUAUUGCAGUUGCUGGUGCUGGAGUCGGAACCGUACUAUUCUCACCUAUAAAUGAGUUCAUCAUCAGCAAUUUUGGAUGGAGAGCCGUGUUCUACACAUUUCUCGGAGUACUUGCUCUUUGUAUUGUAUGUGGUUGGACCUUCCGGCCUCUGGCAUUCCGAGAAGUUGACGAUGAUGAAACGGAAUCUACGCCAGUCGGGAAGAAACCCGAAACAACUGCUAUCGAGGAAAGAGCUGCUCUGCUGACCUCAGAAGAUCAACCAAAAGCCCAUGAAGUUAUAAAGGAAGCUAAGUCAUUGACAGACAUUAAACCUGCGGAUGGAGAAAAACCAUCUCCACGUCGAAGGCGUUGCGAUACUGUCGGAGAAAGAGACACAGGAUUCCUGAACAGAAAGGAUGUCUUUUAUACUGGAUCUAUCACCAACGUCGCGCAGUUCAUGGAAAGUCCUGACAGAUACAGAUCAACUGGAUCUUUGCACAAACGCACACUCAGCACUGCUACCGCUGUUUCUAUUGACAAGUUGCAAGAAGUGAAAGAAACAAGUGAAGAACCUUCCGAGGAUAGUAGCUCAGACAAUGCCGAGGGAAAAAAUAUGUUCAUGACCAUAAGCAGAAUGCUCUCCUUAUCCCUAUUGAUCGACCCUACAUUCUUAAUCUUUGCCAUUUCCAACCUUCUAACAUCCGUUGGAUUCAACUCACCGUUGUACUUCUUACCAUUGCAUGCUACAAGAGGGGUCGGUCUCGAUCCUGCAAGCUCAUCAAGAGUUCUUUCUGUUUUCGGAUUAUGUAACACUCUUGGUCGAGUUGUUUUUGGCCUUGUGGCGGAUCAUAGGCUUCCGCUACCUUAUGGACUUGGUAAUGAUACUGCCAGAAAUAGACUAUGGAUGUAUAACAUUUCACUUUCGAUCUGUGGAAUUCUCACCGCAUUAUGUUACCUCUGCACUGGCUUUACUUCCCUCUCCAUCUACGCUGGCCUGUUUGGAUUCUCUAUUUCUUCUUACAUCUGUCUCACCAGUGUGAUUCUCGUUGACCUUCUUGGACUAGAUAAGCUAACAAAUGCUUUUGGUCUCCUUCUUCUGUGGCAGGGAGUGGGCACUGUUUUUGGGCCACCUAUAGCGGGAUAUCUUGCAGAUGUUACAGACACCUACAUAUGGUCAUUCGUGUUCUGCGGAGUAAACCUACUGAUAUCCGGUCUGAUGCUCUUCACUAUACCUUAUUUCCAAAGAAAAAGAGCAAAGGAAGCUAUACUCCGUGAUACAUCCAAACAACGAAACGAAGCCAACAAAAGUUAA